UCUUCUUAUCAAAACCCGAUUUUUAAGACCAAUGGGUCUGAGCAAAUUUUCUCAUGAAUUUUUUCCUUGCUUCUUGAUCUAUUGUUUCCUUUUCGUUCAAUUUUCUUGAAAGCUAAGACACCAGCUCUUUCACACUUAAAAUUUUCACCCCUUCGAAUUCCAACUACUUUCCUUAAUUAAUUCUUGUAUUUUGUCGCUGCCCUUCAUUAUUUUUUUUAGGGUUUGUUUGUGUUGGUAGAAUUAAUCAGCUCUGAACGAAAUCUGUUUCCAUAUUUUUUUGAAGAGUUGAUUUUGUUAAUCUUUUCUUUUUUCUUUUCUUUCUUGAGAAUGGAGAAAGAUCAAGAUAUUCAACCGGAUUCAAUGAUGGAAGAUGACCAAGAUUCACGGAGAGUUGAAACGGUAGCGCCGGCGGGUGGUUCCGCUGACAAACCACUGCGGGUGAAGAUCAAGUUUCCAAACAUGAAAGAAAGCGCGGAGGAGGAGGAUGGCCCAAAAGUGAAGGACCAUUGCUGUUUAGAGUGUAAAAAGAGAUUUAAUUCCGGCAAGGCAUUGGGAGGUCACAUGAGCAGUGCUCAUGUUCAGGCCAACAGAGAUUUCUCUCUCAAGAAACUGAAAUCGAAGAGGCGGGCGAAGCAAGUUUCGGGCUUGAGUUCUCCUUCUGACUAUGGCGGAAAAAUUAUUUGUAAGAUCUGUGGGAAGAAUUUUCGAACAAACAAGUCCUUGUUUGGGCACAUGAGGUGCCAUCCUGACCGGGAGUGGAGGGGGAUGGAGCCACCAGUUGAGGCGGCCAUGAAUUUUUUGGAGCCGGAAUUUGAGGUCGUGAAUGGGGUUCCUUCACGUGCUUGUGAAGGUGAUCAGAUUGAUUCAGGUCCUGUGGUGGCUUCUCCACCGGUGAAUUUGAAUAAAUCUGUGAAGUGGCAGGUGACCGGUAAGCGUGGCCGGGCUCCAACUAAGCCACUCAUUGAUUCACCUCCUCUUCGGAGUUCUGAGGAAAUUCUAGCUGUUCAACAGCUUAUAAGGCUUGUCAAUGGGGAUUCAGUGAAACCUAUUGAAGAUCAGGAUUCCAAGCUUAAUGAAAGUGAAGCUACUAGCAGCAAUUGUUGGACUUCUGAGAAUGAAACUGACGAUGUUAAUCAGGAUUUUUAUUUGAAUAAGAACAAAGAGAAGGUGUUUCCAGUUGGAGAUGAAAGGGAUUCUCCUGUUAAAAAGCUGAAAACUUGGGAAAGAGCUGAUGAAAACCCUGGUGGUGCACAAGUCAAGAGAAUCCUUUACAAUGGCAAAGGAGAGGGAAAAUUGAAUCCAGGAUCGGAUACUGAAAAUUUAAUAAGUUCAGAUUAUUCAUUAGACGAGUUUGAUGAUCCUUACAAAUCUGGUACUAAUGGCUCUAUGAUGAUCAUUAAAAAAACUAAAGUGAAGAAAUCAGUGGAUCCAGAGUCGCAAACAAGUUUCAGCCCUACAGGACCGGUGUCUGAAUCUGUUCCUCUGGCCGUGACACCUGAUAAAUACAUAUGCAACACUUGUAGAAAGAGUUUUUCUACACCUCAAGCACUAGGUGGGCACAGAUCAAGCCACAAAAAGUUCAAGGUUAAGGUUUACAACACCAUUGAUGAUCAGUCUUCAAAUGAAGUUUCUUAUGCCAAUUAUAGGCCAAAAGCCAAUGCCAUCAAACAAUUGGAAGUAAACAAUGUUAUUGGAGUUCAGAAUCAAUGCCAUAGCACUGGUGAGUGCAAUCAUGCUGAUCGAGUUACCUCAACAGAAGAAACGAAAAAAAAGCACAAAGUUCUCCUCAAGUUCAACCUCAAUGAGAUUCCUAGCCAGGAUGGUGAAGAUGUGAUCGAAUCUGGUGAUACAGCUAGUUAGAUGUCAAUUUGAUCAUAUUAUUGAAUUUUUAGGCCUUCAGUAUCCAGUAUUCUGUCAUAGUCUAUUUACUUUCUCCUUGCACAAUUUGA